CUCGCCCGCCAGCAACUGAUGGCUCUGAAUAGUCAACCUGACAGCUCUAUAUUAUCCACUGGUGACUCUAAAGUUGUAAUGGGUCCUCUACCAUUGGAGUCGCUUUCCACCGUUGUCGACGACGAGUCACCCACUCAGUGCUAUCAUUUUAUCCCACUGGACAUGAAGGAACAGAUCCAUUAUAUGCAUGCCUAUGAGUGGCACUGGGGUUUGGCGAAGGAUACUCUCGAUCUAGAAGCACCAUCAAAUAUCAUAACCUUAUGCCCAGACAUGCAUGCCCACCUUCAAGCAAGGUGCUGGGUUCUGAUCCCGACGCGUAGUGCCAUCGACUCCAUCAUCGACAUGUCCAAGCACAAUUAUUCCUGGCCUGAUUGGCAUGGUGAUGAUUGUCGUCGGAGCAGCUAUCCACUUAACGAAGAUAAAUUAUAUGAGUACGAGCUGGUUCCUACCGGACUCGACGUCCCGCUGCACAGUCAGAUGUUCGGCUCUUCCCACCGCUACGAUGCCUCAUAUGACCAACUUCCUCAUGUCGUCUCUCGUGUGCAUCCCUACUUUGUCAUUCUCCACUUCAACAAAAUGGUUUCCGACUGGACCUUUCCAUUGUCACGGCUUCCUCCCCGAAUGACAAAUAAACUUACAAAUAGUUUGGUUGCCAUAGUCUCCAGAUGGCAGACUGGCAUUCCUGCGUCAUUCCUGGCUCCCUGCUCUUCACGGCGUUCCCGCUCUGAAGCCAGCUUGGACGAUGACACUGACAAAACUUCCCCGUCGAAGCGGCAGAAGCGUUCGGAUGGCUCCUCCCCAUCGAAGCAGCAGAAGCGCUCGGAUGGCUCCUCCAAAGUACCAGAAUUGACAAAUGGUGCUGCAUGUCCUGAAAAAAGCAACGAUGCCAAGUUACGUACGACAUCGCGCAUCAAAACUAUGCUGUUUUCCGAUGCACCCCUCCCUCUCCUGGAUGUGGCCCAUCUACCCAUUGAGCCAGUCGACAUUCCUACCUGGCUGACUGCGGUGCAGUCCGCCAAGAGUGCUCCUUCAGAAGACAAGGGCAAGAAUGUGUUCAAUGGUGAGGCUCGGGGUCCAACAGUCAAUGGCGAGCCUCGAGAUCCAACAUUCGACGCAUACAGAGCUGAGCCCUGCCGGGAUGGCCAGAAGCUCAUCGCAGAUGGAGUCAAGUUCUCCCGCAUUUCGUUGCUUAGUCGGGAGCUCGAUACUGCGUAUUUUAGCAGCCACGAUUGGGCAUGGAAGAAGCGUUGCAGCCAGUUAUGGAGGUAACAGCUUAGUAGAUUGUCUGUUAUGUUGACAGUUCGCACCAGACUGGGCUAGCUGUAGGGUAAAGCACGUAUACCGAGG